AUACGAACUGUCACCAAACUGUCCGCUAGGUUAUUUAGAUAGAUAAUAAUCACCUCUUUAGACUCGGGUCUCGCCGCGCAAUGGAAUAUGGCUUUCAAAAAUGGCUAUGUGCUUUUUGCUAUCUGUCUGUUGUUUGGCCGUUCAGUAUUGUGUGAUAGUGCCAGAGUAUUAUUCGUAGGAGUUUAUACAGGAGGGAGCCACGUGAUGGCAUUGAUUCCUAUAGGAAGAUCUCUCGUUGAUCGAGGACAUGAGGUAACCUUUUUAAUUAAUGAUUUGAUUAGCGGGAAAUAUGUUCAGCCCGAGUACACUGAUUUUUUAAAGUUCGAAACCUAUAGCUUUCCAAGUCUAAACAGAGAUUAUGAACACCUUCAAUACAAAAUGAACGACCUGGCUUUUGCUGGUAAGCAGUAUAGCCAAAUGAUUGUCCUGGCAUCAAUGUUCUCGGAUCUAAACCGGCGGAGUUGCGAGGCACUGUUUAGCGACGGGAAGCUUAUGAAACGUUUGCAAGAUGUGGAUGUUGUGGUGGUUGAUGUGGUUUGGCCUUGUGGAAUCUACAUGAAGGCAUUCUUCUCAAAGCAAAGAGGCACCAAAAUUCGUGGAGUCGUCGUCUCCACUUCAGCAGCAUUCCCAUACAUACAACAGCUUGCUGGGUCUCCAGUUAACCCAUCCUAUCAACCUAUGCUUUCCACAGGGUUGGCUUCUAGCAUGUCAUUCCCACAACGCGUUAGUAAUACCAUUUCGUACCUGGUAGGAAACAUAUUUACUUACAACCUUAUUUCAAAACCCCUUCAGGGGAUAGUAGAUGUAUACGGUCUGGAUCCAGAAAUGAAAAGUUCUAUUCACACGGAAGUUGAUUUAUAUCUCAUUAACUCGGAUUUUUCAAUUGGGUUCCCGUAUCCCUUAACUCCGAAUGUCAUUCCAGUUGGUGGUCUUACUGCAAGACCAGCUCAGCGUCUAGAGGACGAGUUGGAAAGAUUCAUGCAAAGUUCUGGAGAGCAAGGAGUCGUUGUAUUCUCGCUUGGUUCGAACUUCACAGAGAUAACUAAAUCAAAACCCGAGCUCACUGAGGAUUUCCUCGAGGCUCUCGGCCGUUUGCCUCAUAAGGUUCUGUUUCACCUAAGAGCAGAUCCACCAGAACGCUUUUCAGAAAACAUCAAGUUUUUGUCAUGGCUUCCUCUCCAGGAUGUCCUCGGUCAUCCCAAGACCCGUCUCCUGGUCUAUCAUGGUGGCAACAAUGGUUUCCUGGAGGCAGUGUACCACGGUGUGCCUCUGGUCGUCAUGCCCCUUGUCGGCGACCAGGUCGACGUCUCUGUCAUGGUCAAGGAGUUGAGACUCGGUACCACUCUUGACAAGACACGUUUGAACGCAGACUACAUUUACCAGACCCUGACAGAAGCUCUGGGAAAUCCAGAGUACAGUAAGAACGCGAAGCGUGCUUCGGCUAUUUUAAGAGACCGGCCAAUGACAGCACCUGAUCGAGCAGCUUUCUGGAUAGAACACGUCAUCAAACAUGGUGGAAGCUACAUGCGAUCCCCUGCCCACGACUUAUCGUUUAUUCAGUAUCAUUUGUUAGAUGUUGUUUUGAUAUUAACUUUAAUAUGUUUAACAGUAAUGCUCCUCGCUUAUAAACUUCUUAGAUUAUGUAUUUGCUUUUGCUUCCGUGUAAACAAAGGUGACAAACUUAGGAAUGAGUAAUGACUGAAAUUUUAAAAAUGAAGAAAAGGAACCUUUAUGAUGGCAAUCAAUGUUGUAAUGAUUUACACUUGCAAGAUAAAUCGUGAAUCAUAAAAACCGCCAUCCAGCUAAAAGACGGAUUGUAUUAUGACCGAUGUAACUUGCUCAUGGUUGUCUGGUAUGCAUAUUGUUCUGUUAUCUUUGUAACUUUUUUAUACUCGCAAAUCAAAUUUUGAAAUCACUGACUGAAAUCAGUCAUCUAUUUGAAUAAUGUUUCUUGAAGGUAAAUUAUUGUGCUCAGUAAUGUACGAAGAAUAUUUUGGAUAUAUGGUAUUUUUUUAGCAAUUGAUAUAAUAAUGGAAGUAAAUGCACUUAAAACAGUUUUAUUCAAUCACAAGAUGAUGAAAGCAUGAGUAGAUAAUUGCUCUUUGUAUUCAAUUUUAAAUAUUUUCCUUCUUUGAACCACAUCCCCAAUUCCCAGCAGAAGCUGUAAUUGCGAUCAGCGCCUUUUAGAAUUUUAUUAGAAAAAAAUUAUAUUUAGAAAAUGACAACAAAAUAAUGAAUACAAAGCGAUUUACAACGCCUUAGAGUAUUAAAAAAACAACUUAUUUAGCUAAUGACAAAAAUAAUAAAUAUCUCUUGAAGACUUCAGUAUAAAUAUAUUCAAUUAAUCUGACUUUAUAACAUACAUUUAAUUCUAAAGUACAUAGAUGUUUAUAUGCACAAUGAAAAAAAAAAUCAAAAUAAAUUGAUUAACUU